AAAGGCGAAAAAGAAACAAAUAAAAUGAGAAGAAAGAUCUCUCGAGCAACAAUUGAUCUCAAUGGUCAUAUGAUUACCUCUUUUACUGAUGGCGGAUAUGUCGAUCAAUCAUAACCCCCCGGAUUUUCGUUUUUAGAACAAAAAGCCAUUCAAUCGCGGAGAAACUCCUGAACCGAUCGCGACAGCGAUCGUGCUCGGAUUCUGGGGAUGGGGAAACUUAUUUCCCUCCACUUCAGCUGAUGAAUGACUGACCGGUCUCUAAAUCCUCUUAUCUCUAACCCGCGGCAUGGGUGUGGUCGGACUGCCGCUGAAGAAGUUUCAAUCCACCACAAAUUAUAGUAACCAACUUUCGUACCAAGCAGAUCAUGACGAGGUCAUCCAAGACUGCCACGAAUACCCGGGUACCUUAAUCAGUACGCAAUCGAGCCCAACCAGGAAUGGUUCUAGGUAGCUCAAGUGGUGUGGGCAGCAGACGGGGGAUCAGCCAGCACCGCCUAUCUUUGGUCGUCCAAUCCCCUGGGAGCGGGUCGUCUUAUCAACAACAUGUCUGAUUCCAGUUUCGCUACCUCAAAGAUAACGGCCGAUCCAAGUGGCCAGCAUCGUAAUUAAGUUGCAGCCAAGCAAGAUUGUUUACUGAUAAGACCGCUCCAAUGCAUAGGGCUGGCUGGCUGCCUGCCUGCCUGCAUCACAAGACCAAGCAUUUGGCUAGCACGCACGUCCGCGGAAUUGUCCUAUAAAAAUCUACUAUCUUUGCCCCCCGGAGAUGGAUAAUUCGCCCAAGACUCCCACGCACCAUCUCCCGUCUUUCAUCUUCCGACAGAAGACAUGCGCUGCUAUGUAGUAGAGUGACAUUGACCGGUACGCGCCGAAAUUCUAGGGCUAGUUUUUUACCGUAUUGGUCGACAGCCUGAGUGAGGUCAACUCGCCCCCAUGCCCGGCACUUGCGAUGGAGAGCCUAUGGCUUGGGCUCAUGUCGUAGUUGUCAGGUCAAGUCGCUGUCUAAGGUAGUUAGCAGUUUGGUGCACGUUCACUGGCUGCAGAUGGCCACACCCAGAGAAAUAUCUCCAGGUUUCCACCAUACGGUAUAGACAUCCGCCAAGCCUUUGUCUCCUUAUGUCCUUCUCCCACACAGCAAAUCCCUCGCAACCCAUAAAACACCUCACUUAACAUUUAUUACCCAAUCGGCUCUCCUUCAGGUAUAUCCAAGUGUGCUUAAAACCCGAGUAACCACACCACUUUCAAGGGUAUGCCAGCAUAAAUAUCAUUGACUACCGAGACCAAUGACAAAUGAAUAGAUACCUCCAAGCUAGCUUUGCCUAGUGAGCAAUACCUGCGUCUUCUUGUAAUCUCUUGUCAUAUACUGAAGACGUCAUACUCACUCCUAUCUUAACUGCUUACACUUCUCACUCCACCUUGUUAUAGACCUCGCAACACUUCCGCUACAUACAUCUUUUUCCAUAGCUACUUCAAAUCAUCGCUGGUUUCCUACACAUAUUCCAACCAUGGGGACCAUUGUUGGGCUACCCCCUAUCCCCACAGAGGCACCUCCAUCUUAUACCACCGUCAAGAAACUGGAUAUAUUUCCGCCUAGUCCGCCAGACACCGCCAAGGAGUCACGACAACACUCACGCCGCUCGAGUAUAAGUGUUGGCACCGGAUUAGUUGAAGAUGUCGAUUGCGCAGUGGUGAAUGAUGAGGCAUCUCGGCCAUACCCUUUGCCACCUCCAACAAGACAGAACAAUGUUCUUCCCCAGGAUCUCAAGACCCCAGACAGCCACGUUGAGAGGGACCCUCGUCUGAUAAGGCUCACUGGUAUACACCCCUUCAACACAGAAGCACCAUUGAGCGAUCUCUUUGACGAGGGUUUCAUCAACUCGAAAGACCUGCACUAUGUCCGAAACCACGGAGCGGUGCCACGCGUGGAGGAUGCCGACAUGAUGGAUUGGGAGUUCACCGUGGAAGGAAUGGUCGAAUCGCCAAUGAAAUUGACGCUUCGAACCCUGAUGAAGGAUUUCGCGCAGGCCACAUACCCGGUCACCCUUGUUUGCGCAGGCAACCGUCGUAAGGAGCAAAACGUAGUGCGCAAGACCAAGGGCUUCUCAUGGGGUGCCGCGGGUCUCUCCACGGCGUUGUGGACCGGCGUCCCUCUUGGUGAUCUCCUAGCCAGGGCGAUGCCCAAACGAGGCGCCCGGUACGUCUACUUUGAGGGCGCAGACAAGCUACCCAACGGUUACUACGGUACUUCGAUCAAGCUCAACUGGGUCGUCGAUCCUAACCGGGGCAUCAUGGUGGCUCACCGCAUGAAUGGCGAAGCGCUGCACCCUGAUCACGGCAAACCCUUGAGGAUCGUCAUUCCCGGACAGAUUGGUGGUAGGAGUGUCAAGUGGCUAAAGAGGAUCGUCGUGACCUCUGAGCCGAGCGACAACUGGUACCACAUCUACGACAACCGAGUCCUGCCGACUAUGGUGACACCCGAGGCCAGUGCCGACCUGCCCGAUACCUGGAAGGACGAACGCUACGCCAUCUACGACCUCAACACCAACAGCGCCACCUGCUACCCCGCACACGACGAGAAGGUCCCGAUAACCGCAGGCGCCGGUGUUUACAAAUUCAGGGGCUACGCCUAUGCCGGAGGUGGUAAGAGGGUGACAAGAAUGGAAGUGACCCUCGACAAGGGCAAGAGUUGGAGGUUGGCCAAAAUGAUAUAUCCCGAGGACGACUACAGAUUGGCAUCGGUAGACGACACGCUGUACGGCGGCAAGGUUGAUCUGAGCUGGCGCGAGGCUUCCUUCUGCUGGUGCUUUUGGGAGCUCGAUAUUCCCACGACAGACCUAGUCGCCGCGGAUGAUGUUAUGAUCAGGGCGAUGGACGACUCCAUGAUGGUCCAGCCGCGCGACAUGUACUGGAGUGUCCUGGGAAUGAUGAACAACCCAUGGUAUCGGGUGAUGAUCCACAAGGAGGGCCACGACCUGCGCUUCGAACACCCCACACAACCGGCAUUGAUUCCAGGCGGCUGGAUGGAGCGUGUGAAGAAGGCGGGCGGCGACCUAUCCAAUGGCUUCUGGGGCGAGAGAGUGGCGGGCGACGAGGAAGAAUCCGCUGCCGUCGCCGAGGAGCCUGCCAACGAGAUUUGCAUGACAAACCCAUCGGUGAACAAGACCAUCACUCUGGAUGAGCUCAAAGCGCAUGACAGCGAGUCCCAGCCGUGGUUCGUUGUCGAUGGGCAAGUCUACGAUGGUAUCAAGUUUCUUGAAGGGCACCCGGGUGGUGCAGCCUCAAUCAUCGGGGCAGCAGGUCAGGAUUGCAGCGAGGAGUUCCUGACAAUUCACUCGGAAAAUGCAAAGGCCAUGAUGCCAGAAUACCACAUCGGCUCGCUUGAUGAGAAGUCAAGAAGCCUACUAGCCGAGCCAGAGUCAACCCAACCCGAAUCCACAGAACCGCGUCCUGUCUUUUUGCAGUCAAGAACGUGGUCCAAGGCACUAUUGCAGGAAAAGAUAAGCGUUAGUGGCGACUCCAAAAUAUUCAGCUUCAAGCUCGACCACGCAGAGCAGGCCAUCGGGCUUCCCGUCGGCCAGCACCUGAUGAUGAGACUGCGCGACCCGGCGACGAGGGAAGCAAUCAUUCGUGCCUACACACCGCUCUCGGACUGCGUAGUCGAGAAGGGCCUCUUGAGGGUUUUGGUCAAGAUUUACUACAAGUCGGCCGGGAUGGAGGGCGGAAAGAUGACACAGGCGCUUGACCAUCUCCCUGUCGGGCACUGGGUCGACUUCAAGGGGCCUGUGGGACGGUUCGAGUACCUCGGAAAGGGCAAAUGUCGGGUGUCCGGCAAGGAGAGAAGCGUGCGCCGAUUCAUCAUGAUCUGUGGUGGAUCGGGCGUGACGCCCAUCUUCCAGGUGUUCCGAGCUGUCAUGCAGGACAAGGAGGAUCAGACAAGGUGUCUUGUGCUGGAUGGCAACCGAACAGAGGAAGACAUCCUCUGCAAGGACGAACUCGACAAGCUGGCGGUCGGCAACGAGGACAGGUGUCGGCUUGUCUACAGCCUCAGCAAGCCUUCCGAGAGCUGGACGGGCGCCAAGGGCAGGAUGGAUCGUGCCUUGUUUGAGAAGGAAUUGGGUGUCUCCGGUAGCAACAGCCAAGACAUGGUACUGAUCUGCGGGCCGGAGAGCAUGGAGAAAAGCGUGAAACAGAUUCUCACACAAGAGUUGGGCUGGAAGGAUGAUGAUUUGUUGUUUUUCUGAAGUAAUUGUUUGUAUAUAUAAACGUCCAUUAGCAGCAUACUUGGAUGAAUCAAGCUGGGAGUUUGGUGUUAGGGUAACCAUUCAGAACAAGCCUAGAGUUGAAACAACGUCUCUUGAAAAGUAUAUACAGUUCAACAUAUAUAAUGCAAGUCAUUUGGAAAUAUCAGUCG